AAGAGGCAUGGAGCACUAACAUAGAAAGUGAACAUCACUCAUCUGGAGCUUGUGUUGUCGAGAUGUUUUGCUGCUCUCGGACUUAAAUCCAACGUAGUAACUGUCAGAAAUCUCAGUUAAAAUCAAUGAAGGAUACAAGUUCUAACCAAAAGCCCUAUUCGAAGUCCGUAAUGGAUCCAAACCAGAGUGUGAAGUGCAAAAUAGUGGUCGUUGGGGACAGCCAGUGUGGGAAAACUGCCUUACUUCAUGUUUUUGCAAAAGACUGUUUUCCGGAGAGCUACGUCCCAACGGUGUUUGAGAACUACACGGCCAGUUUUGAAAUUGACUCUCAAAGGAUUGAACUAAGUCUGUGGGAUACUUCAGGGUCACCCUACUAUGAUAAUGUGCGUCCCCUCUCCUAUCCAGACUCAGAUGCAGUCCUCAUCUGUUUUGACAUCAGCAGACCAGAGACCCUGGACAGUGUUUUAAAAAAGUGGAAGGGGGAGAUCCAGGAGUUCUGUCCCAACACCAAGAUGCUGCUGGUGGGAUGUAAAUCAGAUCUUCGCACAGACCUCACCACACUGGUGGAGCUCUCAAAUCACAGACAGACUCCAGUGUCAUAUGAUCAGGGUUCAAACAUGGCCAAACAGAUCUCUGCUCCCUACAUUGAGUGUUCAGCCCAACAGUCUGAGAACAGUGUGAGGGACAUUUUCCACGUGGCUACUCUGGCCUGUGUCACCAAAAACCACAAACAUGUCAAACGCCACAAGUCCUCCAGAGCCACCAAAAGGAUCUCGCAUAUGCCUGGUAGGCCCGAGCUGGCCGCUGUGACGUCAGACCUGCGCAAAGACAAGGCCAAGAGCUGCACAAUCAUGUGAAAGGAUGUAGUAUGUGCGUUAAGUGGUUUUAUGAACACUGAGAGAUGGUUACAGUGUUGAGACAUGGUGCGAGUAGCCACAUGUCUUGCCCUUCAAAUGCUCCAGUGCAAAAUGGUGAAACAAAAAAAGGGAAGUCAUCUUUGCACUUUAUAUCCUCUUGCUUCUUCACAGGCCUGGAAUUACCCUGUCUGCAUUGUCUUCAUAUUAAAAAUUAAGCUGACGUACACAGUGCCAUUGGAAGAAAUGCACCAGAUGCUGGAGGGCAUGCCAAAAGAGACUAGAAGCCCUGUCUAACAUGACUUGAGCACCAAUGGUCAUCUUGACAUGUCGGCUUUAAAAAUCGCAAGAGGUAUAGGACAGCAUGGAGAUUUUAGUCAGUUGUUGCACAUCCUCUUGGCUUAUGUAAAUAACAUUACCCUUCGAACUGAAGGUGGUGGACCCCAAGAGGGAGAGAGAUUAGAUUUCUACUCCUCAAAAGAAAAUGUGAAAAUUGUUUUUGAAGGAAAAUGCAGAUGAAAUGUCACUGAGUCUGAAAUUGGAGAAAAAAAAAAAAACAACUAAAUUCUGAAAUGGGAUGUCUCACAUUCCCUGGCACUUAGCUAAAGAAGUUAAAUGACGCAGGAAACACUGUGGUACGUAUUUCCUUUCUUGGUUUCAGUACUGAUUUUUAUAGGUCUCCUUUUUCGCUUUUAGUGCAAUGGCGUCAGUGACUUCCCCAGAUGGAAAUGGGAUGUUUGUUUUUACGUAAGCUCCCUUGUUGCCAAGGAACUGGAAUGAUGUCAGAAGCUUUCUACAUGGAUGGUUUCAUAUCAUUCUACUGCCAUGCUAAUCUCCAAUUGUUCUUGGUUCACAUGUUUUUCUUCUUUUAAAAACCAAAGAAAACCUUAACAACAGUGUUUUCCAGGGCUUUGUUUAGUUUAGGUUAUCAGUAUGUUUAAUUGUACUUGUCAUAAGUGUAGUUUGAAGAAGUUCUGGCCCAGUUUUAGGAUCUUUCCUCAGAUCAAGUCAGUGGAAUCUAAUCAGAAUCCUCAACAGUGCCUCAGUAAAUCUGUCAGCGUGCCCGUGCUUAUCUUGGAAUGAAAGCUAAGCAAUGCCAGACCAUGUACAGUAGGAGAUCCUAAUACCUCUAAGCCAUCACUCAGUGUUUAGAACCAACUGCCUGCAAGAGUAUAUCCUCAGCUAUGCAACGUACUGACUAUGGUUUGUUUCAGUUACAGGACAUGUGAAUUACCUGGGAAAAAUAAGUAUCCGGUUUUGUAUGCUAGUUGAAGGACAUGUAUUGCUGAUUGUCUCUUUAGUUUUGUGGCUGUUUAAACCCAUUACAACAUUAUUUCUGUAGGACUUUAUCAUUUUAGAUCCACUGAGCAUUCUGAAAGUACAUUACUCAUCUCUGAUCCUAGUGAUAGUUUUACCUCCUCCAUUCAAAAUGCUGAUGUUAAUCAUUUCCUAGGAUUGUGCGGUGAGUGAUGGGAAUCACUGUUUGUCUGUUCCGCUUGCCUCUGGGUCAGUGUUGUGAUUCAUGCUACAUUAAAAACUGCAUAUUCAUGAUGCUUAUGUUUCCUUUCAAGUCAGAAUCUUAUGAUUCCCUGUGGAAAAAAACUGGAACUUUCUUUUAACCUUGUCAGAAUGGUGCCUCACAAUCCUUCAAGACAGUUGGAUCAGCUUGUGGGUGUCAUGCCUAGUUUUAAACUCUUAAAUGGAAAGUUCUAAAACAUGUUAGGUGUAGAGCAUCAAUCUUUUGAAUGUUUGAAUCCAUUUGUACGUAUGUGUGGCAGAUGUUUCCACAGUAUUUAUUGAAGUUAUCUAUUUUUCUCCUGAAAAUAAAGUGCAGUGUACAGUA